GCUCUAUCCCGUCACGUGAUUCGAUGUCAAAAUGGCGUCUCCGAAUGGAGCUGAGGACUUUGAGUCGUCAUUACUGAGUUAUGAAAACCUUGAUCGAGCUUCACCUGAUCUCUGGCCAGAGCAAUUGCCAGGGGUUUCAGAAUUUGCUGCUUCAUUUAAAAAUCCAAUAACAAACUCUCCACCCAAGUGGAUGGCAGAAUUGGAGUCAGAAGACAUUGAAAUGUUGAAAGAGUUGGGAAGUCUGACCACAGCUAACCUGAUGGAAAAAGUUAAAGGGCUGCAGAACUUGGCAUAUCAGCUGGGCUUGGAAGAGUCCAGAGAAAUGACGAGAGGGAAAUUCCUUAACAUCUUGGAGAGGCCAAAAAAAUGAAGACUGAAAGGACGGACGGAUUGUGUUUGGACCUAUAUCAAGAGACUUUGUAGCAAAAUAAGUGCCACGAUGUGUAACAUCUGAAAGCUUAGCUGGAUAAAUUUUUAUUUAUAUGCAGAGUUACCAGUUUAUUAAGUACAUAUGCAGGUAAUGACCAUUUUAUCAGGCAAAUCUACCAUGCAGGUGCAUUAACUACAUAGAUAAAUUAUUGAUUAUAGCUGAUCUGUUGAUUAUAUACAGUUUAUAAACUGACAUCUUCGACUGGGAAAGGACCACAUUAGGACCACUGCUGUCCAAGCGUCAUUCAAGUUGGGAACCAUUUUCAGUCACACUGAAAUAGUAGUAAUGGUGUGCAGAAGGUGCAGCAGUGUUACUGCUGGGUUAAGAAACGUACUACCUGACAAAAAUGUCCGGCCAACUGUACACUUGCAUGCUGGGCCAACCAGUUAGUGUGUCUUAUAAAGUGGCCAGUAAAAAUACAGUGUUUAAGAACCCAGUCAGUGCUGCUCUGCCUGAUGCUCAUCCUAGCACAACACACGUUAUCGUCAGUGUUGCUGCCGUGCCAAAAGUCCUCUGCUCAGCUGUGAUCUUAUGGUGGUUCUUUACCAUUAGUGGAUGAGGUUUAGCAACAGACGGGACGCAGUCUCUAAUUCUUACCAACCUGAUAAAAUGGCCAAUCGGUGUAAUUACAAACAUUGUGAACUGAUGCAGCUUCCUGUAUAUGUAGAAUGUGUAAAAUAUUUUUAUUUUUUUUUCCUUAAUUAAAUGCUUUUUUUUUGUC